AGCGGGCGGAGCUGAGCCGGGCGCGCGGCGCGGAGCGGGGCGCGGAGUGGCCGGAGCGCCGGGUGCGCCAUGCCCACCAACUUCACCGUGGUGCCCGUGGAGGCGCGGGCGGACGGCGGCCAGGAUGAGGCGGCCGAGCAGACCGAGGCGCCGGGUCCCCCCGAGGGCGCCGAGCCCGACUGCUCCAACCCGGGAGAUGGUGGCCCCAGGGAGGACAGCCCGUUCAUCGGCGGCGUGGAGGCGGACGGAGGGAGCGUGUUGGAAGGAAGAAGCAUGGCUCUCUUUGAGGAGGAAAUGGACAGCAACCCCAUGGUGUCCUCGCUGCUCAACAAGCUGGCCAAUUACACCAACCUGAGCCAGGGCGUCGUGGAGCACGAGGAGGACGAGGACAGCCGGAGGCGGGAGGUCAAGAACCCCCGCAUGGGCACCUUCAUCGGCGUCUACCUGCCCUGCCUGCAGAACAUCCUGGGCGUGAUCCUCUUCCUGCGCCUGACGUGGAUCGUGGGGGCGGCCGGCGUCCUGGAGUCCUUCCUCAUCGUGUCCAUGUGCUGCACCUGCACCAUGCUGACCGCCAUCUCCAUGAGCGCCAUCGCCACCAACGGCGUGGUCCCAGCUGGCGGCUCCUAUUACAUGAUAUCGCGGUCCCUGGGGCCCGAGUUCGGAGGGGCUGUGGGUCUCUGCUUCUAUCUGGGCACCACCUUUGCGGGGUCCAUGUACAUUCUGGGGACCAUUGAGAUUUUUUUGACCUACAUCUCGCCCAGCGCGGCCGUCGUCCAGGCCGAGGCCGCGGGGGGCGAGGCCGCGGCCAUGCUGCACAACAUGCGCGUGUACGGGACGGGCACGCUGCUGCUCAUGGCCCUGGUGGUCUUCGUGGGCGUCAAGUACGUCAACAAGCUGGCGCUGGUCUUCCUGGCCUGCGUCGUCCUGUCCAUCCUCGCCAUCUACGCCGGCGUCGUCAAGACGGCCUUCCACCCACCCGACGUCCCGGUCUGUCUGCUGGGGAACCGCACGCUGUCCCGACGCGGCUUCGACAUCUGCGCCAAAGUCCACGCCGCCAGCAACGGCUCGACCCCCACCGCCCUCUGGGGCCUCUUCUGCAACAGCUCCGCGGCCAGCUCCUCCUGUGACCCAUAUUUUGUGCAGAACAACGUCACGGAGGUCCAGGGCAUUCCCGGCGUGGCCAGCGGCGUCCUCCUGGAUAACCUGUGGAGUGCCUACGCGGACAAGGGGGCGUUCGUGGAGAAGAAGGGCGUGGCUUCCGUGCCCGCGCCGGACGAGAGCGGAGCCGGCGGGCUGCCCUACGUGCUCGCCGACAUCAUGACCUACUUCACCAUGCUGGUUGGCAUCUACUUUCCCUCCGUGACCGGCAUCAUGGCAGGCUCGAACCGGUCCGGGGACCUCAAGGACGCCCAGAAGUCCAUCCCCACGGGCACCAUCCUGGCCAUCGCGACCACGUCUUUCAUCUACCUCUCCUGCAUCGUGCUUUUCGGGGCCUGCAUCGAGGGUGUGGUCUUACGAGAUAAGUUUGGGGAGGCCCUGCAGGGGAACCUUGUCAUCGGCAUGCUGGCCUGGCCGUCCCCCUGGGUCAUUGUCAUCGGCUCCUUCUUCUCCACCUGCGGGGCCGGCCUGCAGAGCCUGACGGGGGCCCCGCGCCUGCUGCAGGCCAUCGCGCGGGACGGCAUCAUUCCCUUCCUCCAGGUGUUCGGCCACGGGAAGGCCAACGGGGAGCCCACCUGGGCCCUGCUGCUCACGGCCCUCAUCUGCGAGACCGGCAUCCUGAUCGCCUCCCUGGACAGCGUGGCCCCCAUCCUCUCCAUGUUUUUCCUCAUGUGCUACAUGUUCGUGAACCUGGCCUGUGCUCUGCAGACCCUGCUGCGCACGCCCAACUGGCGCCCUCGCUUCAAGUAUUACCACUGGACCCUCUCCUUCCUGGGCAUGAGCCUGUGCUUCGCCCUGAUGUUCGUGUGCUCCUGGUACUAUGCCCUCUUCGCCAUGCUCGUGGCCGGCUGCAUCUACAAGUACAUCGAGUACCGCGGGGCCGAGAAGGAGUGGGGCGACGGCAUCCGGGGGCUGUCGCUGAACGCCGCCCACUACGCCCUGCUGCGCGUGGAGCACGGCACCCCCCACACCAAGAACUGGAGGCCGCAGGUGCUGGUAUUGCUGAACCUGGACGCCGAGUGGCGCGCGAAGCACCCCCGCCUGCUGUCACUCACCUCGCAGCUCAAGGCCGGCAAGGGCCUGACCAUCGUGGGCUCCGUGCUGGAGGGGACCUUCCUGGACCAACACGCAGAGGCCCAGCAGGCCGAGGAGAACAUCCGGGCCCUGAUGGCGGCCGAGAAGACCAAGGGCUUCUGCCAGCUGGUGGUGUCCCCCAGCCUGCGCGACGGCGUGUCCCACCUGAUCCAGUCAGCCGGCCUGGGGGCCAUGCGGCACAACACGGUGCUCAUGGCCUGGCCCGCAGCCUGGAAGCAGGGGGACAACCCCUUCUCCUGGAAGAACUUUGUUGACACCGUGCGCGACACCACGGCGGCGCAUCAGGCCCUGCUGGUGGCCAAGAACGUGGAUCUGUUUCCGCAAAACCAGGAGCGCUUCAGCGACGGGCACAUCGACGUGUGGUGGAUCGUGCACGACGGGGGGCUGCUCAUGCUGCUGCCCUUCCUGCUGCGGCAGCACAAGGUGUGGAGGCGCUGCCGCAUGCGCAUCUUCACGGUGGCCCAGGUGGACGAUAACAGCAUCCAGAUGAAGAAGGACCUGCAGACGUUUCUGUACCACCUCCGGAUCAGCGCCGAGGUGGAGGUGGUGGAGAUGGUUGAAAACGACAUCUCUGCGUUCACCUACGAGAAGACGCUGCUGAUGGAGCAGAGAUCCCAGAUGCUGAAGCAGAUGCAGCUGUCCCGGACAGAGCGCGAGAGGGAGGCUCAGCUGAUCCACGACAGGAACACGGCGUCCCACUCCGCGGUGGCCGCCAGGACCCAGGCCCCGCCCACGCCAGACAAGGUGCAGAUGACCUGGACUAAGGAGAAGCUGGUCGCCGAGAAGCAUCGAAGCAAGGACGCCAGCGUGUCCGGGUUCAAGGACCUCUUCAGCCUGAAGCCACAGUGGGGACACCUGAAUCAGUCCAACGUCAGGAGGAUGCACACGGCCGUCAAGCUCAACGGCGUCAUCCUCGACAAGUCCCAGGAUGCCCAGCUGGUCCUGCUGAACAUGCCCGGGCCCCCCAGAAACCGCCAGGGGGACGAGAACUACAUGGAGUUCCUGGAGGUCCUGACCGAGGGGCUGAACAGGGUCCUCCUGGUCAGAGGCAGCGGCCGCGAGGUGGUCACCAUCUACUCCUAGCGCUCGGCCGCUCCAGGCCGCGCCCGGCACGGGGACGGAGCUGCGCACACCCUGACCCGUGCGUGGCGGCGUGUCGAAGUUUCUAGAAAACUGCCUGGGGCUCCCCUGUCCAGGCCGUGAGCUGCGAGCCCGAGGAGGGCGUGGCCCCAGCCGUGACCUGGGCCCCGGCCCUCCUGGAGGCAGAGCAGAACGGGACGCCCUUGGAUUCCGGACUCCGUCUUUCCGGCUGGACCCUCCGUUGUGCAGUUACACCCACUCAGACACCCCCCUGUCCCCGGGGCCCCUCUCUGGCCGAGGGCUCGCUGCAGGCCCUGCCCUGUCCGCGCCGAGUGUCUGAGAUGAAGACAGGAGCCGUCCACACGGCACCAGCUCCAGCCUGGGGUGGUGUCUGCCCUCGGGUGCCUCCCGCUGGGCUUCGUGCUCCAGGAGCGGCGGGCGACAGCGGGAGGGCCUGCAGGACAGGGCCUGCCACACAGCUCAGUCUCACAUGCACCUGCUCCCGCGACCUCUUCAUGCUCAGAAAAGUGGGUGAGGCCGUAGCCGUGGGAGGCCCUGCAGUGGCCACGACGCCCGCUGGUCAGCAGGGCCUCUGUGUCACCUCCCGCCAGCACUGGCGGCUGGUCUCAGCCACAUUCAGGGCACCGGCGGGUGGUCUUGGCCACGUUCGGGGCACUGGUGGCUGAUCCCGGCCACACUGAGGGCACUGAGAUGAUACCUUCUGAGGAUCCUGCACUUGGCAUACCUGGCACACUUGGCACGUCCGCCGCAUGUCAUUGCGGUAACUUGCGCCUCACUUUCUGUUUGGCUUAUUUAUUUAUUUAAGCAUCUGGGGGGGGGGUGUUCAGUGAUGAAAGUUGUCCCUGAGGAGAUUGCUUCCGUGAAAGGGACCCCAAACAGCUGGCCCCGACUUCUCUGGCUUCCGUGGGCUCCUCAGAGAAUCAGCCUGGCGCACACAUCUGGGGUUGGGCAGGAGCCACGCGUGUGCUCCCGCUGUUUUGUGAGAGGCAGUCACGCAGCAUAGAGGGCUGGGUCACCAUCAGGGUGGCCGCGGCCAGUGUGCCAAACGCCGGGCUCGGGGGUGUGUGGGGGUUUCAGUUCAGCACUGAGUUUGGCAGCGGGUCCACCUCACCCUCAUUGGGUGCCCCUCCCGGAUCUGGGCGGGGCCGCCCGUCCCGGGUCCCUGUGCAGCGGCUGGCAAGCAGCCUGUGGGGACCAGGAUCAUCGGCCACAUCUUGUGACCCCAGCUCGCCGCCCACCUCCUGCCGUGUCUGCACCCUUCCACGCGUCACCCGUGUAAUCGCAGCGGCAGCCGUUUGCUGUUGCCUUCACGUUUUCCUUUUAUAGGGUGUUUGUAUAAUUUUGUCAGUAGAAAAAUAAAAUUAUGUAGAGCCCGAGUA